AUGGCACCCAAGAUCUUCUUACUUGGUGCGACAGGAUACAUUGGUGGGGAUGCUCUUUACGCUCUCGUUCAGACCCAUCCCGAGUACGAAAUAGCAUGCCUGGUCCGCAAUUCCGACAAAGGUGCCCAGGUGGCGAGCCAAUACGUAAAAGCCAGGCUUGUCUAUGGAACCUUGGAUGACGGAGAUAUACUAGGGCAGGAGGCAAAGAAAGCGGACAUUGUGCUCAAUUGCGCCAAUGCAGAUAACGAGAACGCCGUAAACGCUCUCACCAAAGGACUUGCAGCCCGUGCAGCAGAAACCCCGGGCUUCUACAUCCACACGUCCGGCAAUGCGAUCCUCUUCGUCGCCGAUAUCGACCGUAAGAUCUACGGAGAAACGUCUAGCAAGAUCUACAAUGAUUGGGAAGGCAUUGGGGAAGUUACCUCUCUGCCUGACCAUGCCCCCCAUCGGAAGAAUGACAAGAACGUCAUCAGUGCAGAGGGUCCCAAGGUCAAGACCGCGAUCAUCUGUCCGCCUACAAUAUAUGGGCCUGGAAGAGGACCCGGAAAUCAAAGAAGCCACCAAAUUCCGGAGCUGGCGAGGUCCAUGCUCGAGAAAAAGAAGGGUCUUCAAGUUGGAGUUGGGGAGAAUCUAGGACCGAACGUCCAUGUUCAUGACCUGAGCGAUUGUUAUGUCAAGCUUGUUGAAGCUGCGGUUGAAGGAGGCGGAAAUGCUACAUGGGGGAAGGAAGGGUACUAUUUCGCGGAGAAUGGGGAGCACAUCUGGGGGCACAUCUCCAAGGCCGUGGCGAAAGCUGCACACAAGCAAGGCUUCCUUCCCUCCGAUGAAGUUGUUUCGAUCUCCGAGAAAGAGGCGGAUGAUUUGGCUUGGUGGGGCUCGGCACUGUGGGGAGCAAAUUCAAGGUUUCGUGCCAUUCGGGCUCGCAAAUUGCUAGGAUGGUUGCCAAAGAAAGCGGCAAAGGACCUUGAUGGUGACAUCCUGGAGGUUGUCAGCGCUGAGGCGAAAAGCCUUGGGCUUGUGCCAGGUCAUGCGGCAAAGGUUGCUGGUUGA